AUGUCAACAUCUUAUAAACGCCAAGGUGGAACCAAUCAACGUAAUCAAAGUUAUUAUAAGCGCCCGCGGAUGGCACCCGUGAAACCACCACGGAAACCAUUUUUCGAUUUUCGACUUUCCAAACUUAUAAUUGGUGAUUUUGUUCUGGAAAAAAAUGGUGUAGAAGAGGAAAAAGGCGACUGUAGGCUUCGGUUUUAUCUUAAUAAUGCUAACGAUCCUUUGUCUAAACAAGAUGCUAUAGCAAUUGCUUGGAACAAUGGACAAACUAGAAUUAUUUUUGAUAUACUGAAUAUUCGUAAAAUCACUUUAACACAAAAAGAAGGCUGCUUUCAUAUCUCUACUACUGGAGAAGUUCAGAAAUUGGAUCAAAAUGGUACAUAUGCGAUUAGUGAAGAAGAUCCAACUUCCGGUCAUUUGGAUUUAAAUCAUGAUAUUAUUUGUUAUGUUGAUAUGGAUAAUCCAGUCACUCAACCAAAAUGGACAAAUCAAAAUAUUAAAGAAUGGACAAAUGAAAAUUCAAGAUUUAGACAAAUAUUGGAAGUAACGGAUGCUGAGGAGUCCAAGACAUUCGAAGAUGUGGUAAAUUCAUGGGCUAGAAGUUCUAAUCAUGGAUUACUUAGUGAUCGAUUACUUUUCGCUAAAGUUCAACUUUGCAAAGUGGAUCGACUCUUUGAAAUUAUUACUCGUUUGAUACGUAAAGAAUCAUCACUUGGACCAGCUAUUGAUGGAUUGACCAUCAUAAUUAAAGAUCUUUCUAAAAAGUGUUGUUUGAAAUCUGAUGAUUUAGAAAAAAUGGUAGCACCAGUGGUAAAUACCAUACCAGAAUAUUUGAUAUUGAGAGCAUUAGAAUCGAUGUGGAAAGCCGAAGAACGUGAUGCCACCGGAGUCGUGUAA